AUGGACACAGAUCGGAACUCCGCCAUCUCCUCUUUCCUGGCAAACUGUGACGAUCAGCAACUGUUCCUGUUGACGACUUUCUACGUGGACCGACUGGAGCGGGCGAUUGAGGAGGGCGUGGAGGGAGUCGGCUUCAUGUUAAUGGGCGAGGAUCACUUCACCGGGCCAGAGUAUCACAGCGUGACUGAGCUGGCGGAGAAGGGAACCCGAGCGGCCGCUUCCAAACUCCUCCUGGAUCUGGUGAUGGAGAAGGGCCCCGGGGCCCGGAGGGAGAUGUGGGAAUCCUUUGUCAAACUACAUCACCAUUUACCGAAACUGAGCAGAAUAUUGAAUGAAAUACGGGAACGUGGUGACGGACAGUUCGCCUACAUGGAUACUGACCGGGGUUUAUCUGAAGUGCCCGCGCAUCUGAAAGAUGUUCAACAGAAACACAAGGAGAUUCUGCGGGCACAGACUGAAGCACUGAGAGUGAACACGAUCCUGAUGAGGGAGAAGGUGAAGGUUUUCCAGCUGGUUGAUCGAUACGCUGAGCUCACGGUCAUUUCUACUAUUCGUGAUCGGACACUGGUGGAACACGAGCUGCUGGCGAGAGGCAGAGACCACGAGGAGUGGAGAGAAAAACAUCUCCAGGGAAAGCUGGAGAAAAUCCGGACCGAUCAGUUAUUCAGAAGGAGUUCUGUUCAAAAAUUGAAAAGGUCUUUAAUGAGAAACAAAUCCGGACUGUCUUCAGCAUUGGCCGGAGUUCCAGGGAUCGGGAAAACCACAAUGGUGCAAAAGAUUGUUUAUGACUGGGCCACGGGGAAAAUAUAUCAAGAAUUCCAGUUUGUCUUCAGUUUCAGAUUCCGAGAUUUGAACUCCAUUAACUGCAGGAUAAACCUGAAAGAACUGAUUCUGCAUCAGUAUCCCUACAUCGGGAAUAUCCUGCGAGAGGUCUGGAAGAAGCCUGAGGUGUUGCUGUUUAUAUUCGAUGGUUUGGAUGAAUUCAAGGACAGAAUUGAUUUUGCUGACAGGCGGAGAGACUCAGAACCUCGGUCCACAUGCACAGAUCCUGAAUUCAAGUGCAAGGUGUCUGACAUUGUGUACAGUUUAAUCCAGCACAAGCUGCUCCCAGGGUGUUCAGUGCUGGUGACCACCCGUCCCACUGAGUUACAUUUAUUGGAAAAGGCGGAUAUCGGUGUCUGGGCUGAAAUCCUGGGAUUUGUUGGUGAGGAACGGAAGGAAUAUUUCAUCAGGUAUUUUGAAGAUCAGACGGUGGCAGCAGCUGUUUUCAAACACGUGAAGGAGAACGAGAUCCUGUACACCAUGAGCUACAACCCCUCCUACUGCUGGAUCCUCGCUCUGGCACUGGGCCCCUUCUUCACACAAAGAGUCAGGGACCCCCAGCGAGUUCCCAAGACCAUCACCCAACUGUACUCCUACUAUAUUUACAACAUCCUGAAAAACCACGGCUGUGAGAUUGAGAACCCCCGUGAUGUGUUACUCAGGGUUGGUCAGAUGGCCUUCAGAGGAGUGCUCGAGAAGAAGAUUGUGUUUACAGAUGGAGACUUGAUCAAUUACAAUCUGAAGCCUUCCCAGUUCUUGUCUGGGUUCUUGAUGGAGCUUUUGGAGAGAGAGGAUUCUCCCCGAUGUGUGGUGUACACAUUCCCACACCUCACCGUCCAAGAGUUUGUAGCUGCAGUAGCACAGUUCCUGAAUCCACAUCCCGGGGAUAUCCUGAAAUUCCUCACUGAAGCCCACAACACGACAGAUGGGCGAUUUGAGGUAUUUCUCCGUUUUGUUGCUGGUCUCUCCUCCCCAAUGACAGCUCGGGGCCUGGAGGAGUUUCUGGGUCCAUUUCCUCAUCAAACUAUCUGCCGGGUGAUUGACUGGGUGAAGGAGGAGGUUAAACGCCAGAGUGGAAACACGGGGAUUGAAGCUGGUAAAAGGAGCCUCCUGAACACAUUGCACUACCUGUUUGAGUCUCAGAAUCGUGGACUGGCUCAGGCCGCACUGGGAUCUGUGGAAACACUUUCAUUCAGUGGAAUGACACUAACCCCGAUUGACUGCGCGGUCCUGUCUCAUGUCAUCGGACUCUGUGAUACAAUAAAACACCUCAACCUGGGAAACUGCCGCAUUCAGUGUGAAGGAAUCCAACGGCUGGGACCCGGGCUGCACAAGUGUCAGGAGUUGGGACUUUCGGGGAAUGAACUCGGAGAUUCAGGAGUGAAACUGGUGUCUGCGGCUCUGAGGAACCCGGAGUGUAAAAUACAGAUACUGCGGCUAGACAAUGUCGGUCUCACAGAUUCUGGCGCCGAGGAUCUCGGCUCCGCUCUCGGUACAAACCCAUCACUGACAGAACUGAGCCUGAGCGAUAAUAAAUUGAGAGAUUCAGGAGUUAAACCGGUGUCUGCGGCUCUGAGGAACCCGGAGUGUAAAAUACAGAAACUGUGGCUGAACUGUGUCGGUCUCACAGAUUCUGGUGCCGAGGAUCUCGUCUCCGCUCUCAGUACAAAACCAUCACUGACGGAGCUGGACCUGAGUGUUAAUGAACUCGGAGAUUCAGGAGUGAAACUGGUGUCUGCGGCUCUGAGGAACCCGGAGUGUAAAAUACAGAAACUGGGGCUGAACUGUGUCGGUCUCACAGAUUCUGGUGCCGAGGAUCUCGUCUCCGCUCUCAGUACAAACCGAUCAGUGACGGAGCUGAGCCUGAGUGAUAAUAACUUGAGAGAUUCAGGAGUGAAACUGGUGUCUGCGGCUCUGAGGAACCCGGAGUGUAAAAUACAGAGAUUGCGGCUGUACAGUGUUGAUCUCACAGGUUCUGCUGCCAAGGUUCUCGUCUCAACUUUCAGUGAAAUCCCAUCACUGACGGAGCUGGACCUGACUAAUAGUAAACUUGGAACUUCAGGGGUGAAAUUCGUGUCUGCGGCUCUGAGGAACCCGGAGUGUAAAUUACAGAAACUUUGGCUGAGGGAUGUCGGUCUCACAGAUUCUGGUGCCGAGGAUCUCGCCUCCGCUCUCAGUACAAACCCAUCAGUGACGGAGCUGAACCUGAGUGAUAAUGAACUGGGAGAUUCAGGAGUGAAACUGGUGUCUGCGGCUCUGAGGAACUCGGAGUGUAAAAUACAGAAACUGGAGCUGACCCGUGUCGGUCUCACAGAUUCUGGUGCCGAGGAUCUCGUCUCCGCUCUCAGUACAAAGCCAUCGUUGACGGAGCUGCACCUGGGAUCAAACUCACUCACAGACCGAUCUGUCCCCGCUCUCCGCCGGCUCAUACUGACCCUCCCGAGUCUGGAGCGGAUCGGGCUGGACUGGAAUCAGUUCAGUGAGAUCGGGGAGAAGGAACUGAGAUCUCUGCAGGAACCCAGAGCCGGACUGAGAGUGGAUCUGUGAACAUCUGAAUGUGUGAACAUCCCCG